GACUGGGGGACGGGAUAGCGGGCGGACCGAGUUCCGGUGCGGGAGACAAUGGCGGCGGCGCUGCGGACCGUCCGCCGUCACUGGAAGAAAUCGGCGUUGGCGGCGUGUGGGCUGUGUGGGGCCGGGAGCUGGGGACACGGGCGGUACCGGGACAAUCUCUUACGCAGGGCGGCAUGUCAAGAAGCACAGGAGUUUGGAAACCAGACCUUGCCCAUCACUGCAAAGGUGAAGAAAGCCACCGUCUUUCUCAAUCCUGCUGCUUGCAAAGGAAAAGCACGAAAUCUCUUUGAAAAGAAUGCAGCGCCUAUUUUACACCUUGCUGGAAUUGAUGUCACCGUGGUUAAGACUGAAUUUGAGGGCCAAGCGAAAAAGUUGCUGGAGUUGAUGGAGGAGACGGACAUGAUCAUUGUUGCUGGAGGUGACGGCACCUUGCAGGAGGUAAUAACUGGGCUUCUCCGCAGAGAGGAUGAGGCGACCUUUAGUAAGAUCCCCAUAGGAUUUAUUCCUUUGGGAAAGAUGAAUUCCUUGAGCCCGGCACUGUACCCGACCAACAAAGAACAGGCCAGGCACAUUUUAAACGCCACGCUUGCAAUCGUGAAAGGCGAGACUGUGUCGCUGGACGUAUUGGAAAUACAGGGUGAUAAAGAUCGUCCGGUGUUUGCAGUGACUGGGUUGCGGUGGGGAGCGUACAGGGAUGCUGCUGCCAAACUCCCCAAAUAUUGGUAUCUUGGGCCCCUCAAGGACAAGGCUUGUCAUCUGAUUAGUAUAAUUCAAACUUGGCCACCCACUCGACAGGCCUCCAUCGAAUACCUGGGCCCCACUGAGAUACCACCGACACCACCCCUCGAGAAUCUGUCACGGCCCAGCCUGUGGCGACGGAUACUCAGGCGGCUGGAGCUGUACUGGGCAACUCCCAAAGAGGUGAGUGUGGAGCCGGUGGAGCCGUUGGUGUGGGAGGAGGUGGAGAAGCCCACCGCGGAGGUGACCAUCAGCACCCUCAACAAACAUGUCCAUCUCAAGCGCUCUGAAGAUGCCAUGAACAUCUGUAUUGACCCAGACACUGUCAGCAAGAUGCAGUUUGUCACCAUGGGGAGCCAGAAGUUGACUGACCCGUUCUCAUGCCCUGAAGGCAGCCACAUCCUCCAAGCCAGUCUCUGCAAAUUACACCUCCCAGAGGGAACUGAAGGUUUCUUCAGCAUCGAUAACGAAGACCAUGAAGCCGUCUCCGUCGACGUGAAACUGCUUCCCAGAAAACUCCGAUUUUUCUGCGAUUCCAACAAAAACCAGCUCCAACUGGGAGAGUCUGGUAAACCACCCUGACGAAACCCGCUUCAUGUUCAAGAUCCACUUUCCCAUUCCUGGAUUUACAAAGCAAGAUAAAGCUGGUAGUAAAAGACAAGGAUUAAAAUAAAAAGAGAGAUGUGUUUACCAUCGCUAUCAUGCCAUUCCCAUGACCAACGUCGCCCAUUAACUCUUAUUCCACUGGAUGCUAUUUGUCUGGAGGUCUCCUCGAUAAGAUCGGACAGUGUUCUAUACACCAUGACUGCCAUUCCUUCCCCGGAAACAUGAAGAUCUCCAGCCCAUCCGGUUGGAAAACCAAACAGAUGCUGGGAUUUGAGAUCCAUAACUCAGAUUGAUCAGUGGUGCGAUGGAGGCCGUGUAUUUACCUCCUCCUCCUCCUCACAAAACCCCUCUGCUGCAGUGUCCAUGCACAACAUGAGUUUCCAUUUUACAUCACAGCCACACAACACCCUGACACACACUUUGUAAUCUAGAACAAAGCUUUUUGAAAAGCAGUCACUAAGUGGCUUCUGCAGACACAUGAGCGUGAGUUUGUAUAUUAACGAUCCAAAAUCAAUCACGUGAUCAAUGAGCACUCGGUCGGUUUUUGGUGGUUUCGGCCUUGUCUGGCUGAGGCCGGACACAGAUGGGCAAGAGGCCAUUCUAGACCUUUGACCUCCCGACCGAGCAAGGGACGCCGCCCACUUAGCACAAAGAAAGUUCAUGUGAAUCAAACAAGAAUGACACAUUGCAGUGAUGUCACAUGUAUAAUGUGCAGGAAGGAACAAGAGAUGGUGGUUUACCCUGCAGGGAGAUACAAAGUGCUGGAGUAACUCAGCGGGACAGGCAGCAUCUCUGGAGAGAAGGAAUGGGUCACCCCUUCCUUCCCUCCAUGUAUAAAUUAAUCUGCAGCUAAACCUCCAGUGUUACAAGAGCAAAACCUGGGUUUAAAAUGUAACAUGGGUCAUUUUAUCUGUGGCAUCGUAUUAUUGAUAGUGGUUUAAAUGCUUUGCAGCUGAUUAUUUGUCAAAUUUAAUAAAUAAAACGGCUGAUUUAUUAA